CUUAAUGAGCAUGCGCAGACGUUACAGGGGAAAAAGUUUUCAAGUAGUGCAACAUUUACUGAUUGUUGACAUGUGUUUUCCUGCUGCUACGGUUUACAACAUCACUGUAUGCCGAUGAUGUCGUUACUGUACGCACCGAUACAUAAAACGAGAAAAAAAUUGCGGCUUUACUGAACAUUUCGACAUGAAUUUCGGAGUCCCAGCGAAUUCCCUGUUGCUGUUUCGUGCUUGUGAUGAAGGCGACUGUGAGACUGCAAAGAGCUUUCUGGAGCCUGUUGGGAACGAUUCGGACUGCAGUGUGGACGUGGUGCGGGGAGGACUGCCGCUUGUACCCGUCGACUGUACCGAUGAAGAAGGGAACACAGCCUUACAUUUCGCGGCUGCUGGUGGACACGAACAUCUAGUUCGGUUCUUACUGAGAAAAGGGGCGUCUGUGGACAGCAGAAAUAAUUAUGGCUGGACUCCGUUAAUGCAGGCAGCGAGGUUUGGCCAUUUGAAUGUGUCUCACAUCUUGCUUGAGAAUGGAGCAGAGAUGAAUGGCAGGAAUCGCAUGGGAGCAAGUGUACUUACUAUGGCAGCACGUGGGAACCACACACAUGUUGCCAAACUCCUCCUUGAGCAUGGAGCAUUUGUGGAUGACUUUGACCACCUUUCUGCAGCUGAAAGAAAUGCUAAUGGGAACAACAUUAACCACAGUGAUAAUGGGAAGAACUUCUUGGAUAUCACAUCUUUAUUGGUUAGUGCUCAGCACGGUCAUGAGGCAAUGGUCAGACUGCUUUUGGAGUGGGGAGCUGACGUAAACUUUUCACAGAAGACCACGGGUUGGAGUGCUCUAAUGUUAGCCACAUUAAGUGGGAAGGCUAGUAUAGCUCAGCAGCUAGUGGAGAGAGGUGCUGAUCCUGAUCAUCUUAAUGUUCUGUCCAAAACAGCUUUUGAAGUGGCACUGCAUCUUAAGCAAAAAGAGGUGAAGAAUUAUCUGGAUUCCAUUACCACAGUUCGUCCACAACCAGAUGAUGAGAAGAAAAGACCUGAUGUUUUCAGCGCUUUAAAGUUAGGGAAUUCUCAACUGGUGAAGGAGAUACUAGAGGAAGAUCCAUCCCAAGUGAACAUGGCUAAUGCAGAUGGGGCAUCACCUUUAAUGAUUGCAGCUGUGAGCGGACUGUUGGAAGUGGUGCAGCUUCUGGUUGAGAGGAAUGCAGAAAUAGACAAACAGGAUGGGGUCCAUGGCUGGACAGCUCUUAUGCAGGCAACAUAUCAUGGGAAUAAAGAUGUGGUGAAAUAUUUGCUGAGUCAGGGAGCUGAUGUAAACCUAAGAGCCAAGAAUGGAUACACAGCCUUUGACCUAGUCAUGCUAUUAAAUGACCCAGACACUGAGUUAGUGAGAUUGUUGGCUGCUGUGUGUAUGAUGGUAGAUAAAGACAAGAGUAAGCACAGAGACAAGUUCUCCACUAAGAAACACCUGUCUCCCAGUGUGCUUGCACCACCAGAUGAUAAAGGAGGCCUAAAGUCCUGGUGGAACCGCAUGUCCAAUCGCUUUCGUAGACUGAAGCUAACACACACACUAAGGCAUGGUCUCCCUGCCAAUCGCUUAGCUCCAUUCCAUGAUAACCCAGGGGUUCUCUUGGAUGCUACCAUGAAGGCAGAAAACAGAACAGACACCAACAGCACUGAACAAAGUGGUACAAUUGUUUCUCCUGUUGGGACACCUUUGGAUGGCCUCACCAUUGCAUGGACUGAUAAGAGUAAAGACAGCGGUCUUGGCAGAAACAGCAGCGACAAAGAUGACUUUCUCAUAACUACCAUGCUGAGAAACGGUGCACCUCUGACUCGCCUGCCCAAUGACAAGCUUAAAGCCGUUAUUCCACCCUUUCUGCCUCCAUCCAAUUUUGAGCCAUGGAACUCAGACCGCUCACGGGUUUUGAAAGAGGGAGGAAAGACAAGUGAGCAGUCUCGUCUGACUAUGCCUCAGAGACCAAGCAAAGCCAACUUCAACACCAGUGGAAACUCUGAUAUUACAUCCAUAAGUCGAGUAGUGAGCAGAUCCAUGAAGUUUCCCAGUAUCAGUAAGGUUCCAUCCACGUCCCCCUCCAACUCAGGCAACUAUAACUCACCUCAUUCAUCAGGGGGUUCCAAUGGAGUAGGAGGGAUCAAUCGCCAUACAUCAGACUUGCAUAACCGAUCAGGAGGCAGUGCAUCUGAUAGUGUACUGUCUCAAAUUGCUGCCCAAAGGAAGAGGGCUGCAGGCCUGCUUGAUGUCAAAGCACCACCACCUGAGGCAUCAACCUCUACACCCCUGCCCACCGUGCCUGACGUUAGCCUGCCCAGCAUUCAAAGCAACCAAAGCCUAGUGACCAGUGACUUGCACUCCAGAUGGAAGGUUGAUCUGAAAAAGAGGCCGCAGUCUGGCAACUCCUCCACAUCUAAGAGUACAUCCCCCACCUUGACUCCAUCGCCAUCUCCAACUCCCAAGCCUGUAAUUGGUGAAUUAUCUUCUGCUUCCUCCCAGCCAUGUUCUAAAAGUAGUGGUGGUUCCAGCAGUGGCACAAUCACUGACGAAGAUGAGCUUUCAGGUAUACUAAGAAAACUUUCCCUGGAGAAGUACCAGCCGAUCUUUGAAGAACAGGAGGUAGACAUGGAGGCCUUUUUGACUCUUACUGAUGGAGAUCUGCAGGAGCUGGGGAUUAAAACAGACGGGCCCAGACAACAGAUUCUGGCAGCCAUUUCUGAACUUAAUGCUGGAAAGGGAAGAGAAAGACAGAUACUGCAGGAAACUAUCCAUAAUUUCCAGUCAUCUUUUGGGAGUAGUGCAAGUAACCAGCAUCCUGCAGUUUGGGCAAGACAUCAGCUGCACAACCUUAACAAAAGAUAACACUUUUGGCCGGAUGAGGGACUGGAGAAUGGUGCCUACUCACUCCAAGACUGAUUGUUCCCAGAACAAAUGAGGAAUUGCAAAGGAUUUCACACGUUACUUUGCAUAAGUGACAACAUCUUAGAAAAAUCCAUACAAGUGCUGCCAUAGAGUCACAAAUGUUAGAUGACAAAUGGAUCACUAAGAAUGUUUAUGAUAAUGUAUAGGAAAUUUCUUUUGUUUUUGUCUUUGAUUUGUAUUUUAUUAUCUGAUGAGUGUAUUUUGCCAUCCAAUUUGUGUUCUUCUGUGGAUAGCUAAGUUUGGGCAUGAUGACAAGUAACAUACUGUAUCUCAGAUGACAUGAUGUACACCAAUCAGAACAUUGCCCAGAACUUCACAAUUCCUCUGCUAGCUUGACUUCUUCCCAUAGUUCAUUCUUGAACUAAACAUGAUUCAUCAGACCGUGCCACCUUCUUCCAUUGCUCCAUGGUCUAAUUCUGAUGCUCAUGUGCCCAUUGUAGCCAUUGGUUGUCCUUACUUAGACCACUUUUGGUAUAAACCAUUGCAUAUUGGGGUCACCCCACAAGAUCUGUCCUGUUCAAAGUUUCUCAGAUCCUUAUACUUGGCUAUUUUUCCUGCUGCUCUUUACAUCAAUUUCGAGAACUACCCAUUCACUUGUUGCCUAUUAUAUCCCAUCCCAUGACAAGUGCCAUUAUAAUGUGAUAAUAAAAUGUUAUUCACCUUACCUGUCAGUGGUUUAAAAGUUAUGCCUGAUCAGUGUAUGCACCUCAAAACCUCUGCCAAAUCAAGUAUCAGUUAAUAUUAUAGACAUG